GCCAAUGUGGGGGUCGUGCACAGAUCCUCCGAGCCGAGCCCUGGAAAGCUUGAGGGGCUCACCUGACGCCCAGAUUUUGCCAUGAACAGAUGUGAGCAAAUUGCGUUGGGCUCCAUACAAGACGCACUCCUGCUCACCCAACUGAUCACAGUUCGAUUGGGCUUUGAGCUUGAGGAAGCGCAACCGGAGCCACGCAUCGACUAGAAAAGUGUCCCCAGGGUCCCUGUGACUCCAUGACUCCAUGACUCCAGUCUGACUCUAGUCCCUGUGGCCUGACGGCAUGACGGCAUGACGACGUGACGACAUGACAACACCGUGACGGCACCAUGACGGUGUUGGCAAUCUCCAGGCCAUGCCAGUCGACGCUUCCAAGCCAUUGCUGCCUCCUGGCAAAGACAGUGCCGGCCAAACGUGUGCCAGAGCUGGCCUGGAAGCGCUCAAAAAGAGCAUAAGCUGAGCAUUGGCCGCAGACCUUACCGGCGCCACAGACUUUGACCGUAGGUAUAAAAACUUUUAGAACUUACAGGCUGGAUUCCCGCCAAGCCCAUCUCUUAGGGGCAUCUUGAAGCUUAAACCUUGCUCUAGCCUUCAGCUUAAGCCUAGGCGGCCUGCCAGGUGGGCUGCCAGCGUUGCUCGGGUCUUUGCCCGGGUGAAUUAGUCCGGCCCAGACGGUUGUACCGGAUGUUGCCAUCACAAGUGAUUGUUUCAGCACCAUAGCGUCAGCACCUCGUGGGUGCGCUCUCGCAUGCAAAGCGUGCUCCGUGAAUCCCGUGAAGCCCCAUCCUGGGACUGGCUCGGGCCUGGGGCGCUUGAGAUGCACGCCCUGCUCUCCGCCCUCGAGUGGAAGCGUCCGAGUCGAGGCGCUGGCUUUGAACUUCUUCGACGUGGUGCAGGCCUUGGGCGCCAUGCCCUCGCGGGUGGCGGGCUAUGCGGUGCCGCAGCUCCGUGGUGGCAGCGACUUCGCGGGGCUGCGCUGCGGAAGUUCCGCGUCCGCGGAGUCCGUCUUCGGGCUGGGCGCCAGCCUCGCAGAGCGCCUGACGACGGGGUCGCCGGUGGCGCUGCGCCCGCGCAGCGUGGCGGCGCCCGCGGCGGCGGCGCUGCCGACGGUGAGCCUCACCGUGGCUGUGGGACUCGGACCCGGCGGACUGCGCCUGGUGUGUGGGGAGCUGCUGCUGGUGCACGCGGCCUCCGGGGGUGUGGGUCUGGCCGCGCUGGCGGCGGCCAGGCGACUGGGCGCCCAGGUGCUGGGCACGGCCUCCUCGGCCGCCAAGGCCCAAGCCCUGCGCCUGCGUGGGCUGCGCCUGGUGGCGCCGUCCCGCCACGGCCGCAGCUUUCUGCUGGACUUCUUCGACUUCGACUUCGCGGCCCCGGUCGUGGCCCCGGCCGUGGCCGCGGUGCUGAACUCUUUGACCCACGACGACUUCGUGCCGCGCAGCCUCACCGUGCUGGUGCCGGGUGGCCGGAUCCUGGAGCUGGGCAAACUCAAGGCUUGGUCAGCAGCAGAAGUUGCAGCUAUGCGCCGCGACGUACAGUAUGCCGCACUUCUCUUGGACCGACGCACAAGUGAGGCGCCUUGCACGUUGCUGACAGAGCUGAGAGCCACGGCCGACAGGGCCAGCCAGGGCCAAGGUCUGCUGCCGCUGACCCUGUUCUCCUUCAAUGAGGUGGUUGAUGCUUUGAAGAUGUUUCAGCAAGCGCGGCACAUUGGCAAAAUCGUUCUGACCAUGGCUCCCUCGUGCAGUGCCGCUAUGGAGAAAGAGUUCUCGCUUGACAUGCGGUACCUCAUGGAGCGGGCAUCAACCCCUGCCAGCUCACGACAGUGACGGAGUCCAGUGCUCGGGCUGGAGCACGCCAUAGCUUGGAGGUGACGCCAUUGGCCGUGACAUUCAAUACAAGAAGCUCCUCCGUCUCGUCCGUAGCUCCUGCAGCUGCAGCUUUACUUGGCACAGUGGCUCCAUUCUUAGGGAUGCAUGUGCAAUGUUUGAAUGUUUGAACGCUUCCUCGCAUGUGAAGUGCGUCGUGCUUAAGUCGCCAAGGGCACAGCUUAGGGCCCACUUUGAGCUGCCCUUGGAUUCUCUCAAUUCGGCGUGUGCCAAAGAACCCAAGCUGGGGCUAGAUCUCCGAGUUGUGCGCGCCGUGGGUGCUGGUCUGCCUGGUCUGCCUGGUCUGCCUCUCUCCGAGAGACGGCGCAGGUUCCGGCGGCCGAAAGCGUGGCAGACGCAGCUGGCUACCGUGUUGCUGGACAGCCUGGAGUGCAACGAGUCCAACGAGUCCAACCUGCCACUGGAGCCAGAGCUGGAGUCUCACGGAAGCGGCCUGACUUGCGUUCGACUGCCACUGCGACCUCGAACUUCCGU